AUAGGCCAAAAGUGAUUGAAAACAUCCUAUACUGUCAAAAUCCCUUUUUUUGUGAAACAAAAAACUAUCCAAACCAUUAUCACAUUAUAUCCCCUGGCAUUAAUAAUGUCCCAAACAACAACGACCACGACUCUUGUCCUCCUAUCUGUAUUGCUAAUUGCAGCGACAGUAGUAAAUGGGCAAGAAGCGAUGGCCCCUCCUCCAAACGCUGGUAUGUUUUGUGAGGCUAACUUAGGUUUAUGUGCAGCGGCACUUAAAAUAGGAGCAAAACCAUCAGAUGAAUGCUGCACAAGCCUAAACAAAGCAGUGAAGACGCAGUUGAAGUGCCUCUGCGCUAUCCUCACAAACCCGCAGGUAUUGGCCGGCUUCAAUCUCACCGUGGAAAAUGCUUUUCACAUUCCUCAGAGUUGUGGCAUCGAUGCUGGACCUUCUAUGUGUUCUGCCGCUAAAGCUCCGUUGCCGAAUGGGGUUCCACCGGUGUCAGGACCGCCUAAGAAUGCUGCAACCAAUCUCGCGGGAACUGGAUUGGUCGGGAUCGCCUUAAUGACGAUCUCUUUGAUGUUUUAUUGAUAAUGAAUCUUUUAUCUGAUUGUUUUAUAUCCAUGUAAGAACUUGGUAUGAUUUGACAGUUAAAACUUUGAUGUAAUUUUUUUAUCCUUCGGAUUAUGAAAUUGUGUUCCGGGAUCGAUAUUGUUGUUGUCGUCAAAAAUUUGAUGUAUUUUGUUUCCAAUUCAUU